UUGAUAGGUGAAUUCUGUUCUCUCCUAUUUCUUGUGCCUUGAAGAUGGUUUGUGCUCAGUACAACUCAGUGAAGUAGCUUCUUGGGAGAAGUCUGAUAGUUUUUAAUUUUUGUCUUUUGGCUUUUCUCAACAGCAUUGAUGGAAAACCAAGUAGCAAUAUUGAAGGAAAAAAGAGUUCCGGCAGAAUAUCUUUCCUCAACCCAAACACAGCAUGUCAAAGAGAAGAUUUAUGAAGACCUAGAUUCUGGAAAGCCAUCCUUAAGGUUGCUGUAUGUGACACCAGAACUGGUUGCAACACAUGGAUUCAAGUCAAAGCUAACAAAGCUCUAUACUAGAGGACUGUUAAACCUAAUUGCCAUAGAUGAGGCCCAUUGCAUCUCCACAUGGGGCCACGACUUUAGGCCUAGUUACCGCAAACUUUCGUCUCUAAGGAAGCACCUUCCAGAUGUGCCAGUAUUGGCUUUGACAGCCACUGCCGUUCCUAAAGUUGAAAAGGAUGUGAUAGACUCAUUGUGCUUGCUACGCCCUCUAGUCCUGCGUGCAUCCUUCAAUCGUCCUAAUAUAUUUUAUGAAGUUCGGUAUAAAGAUCUUUUGGAUGACACCUGUGCCGAUUUGUGCAAUCUUCUCAAGUCGAGUGGAGAUGUCUGCUCGAUUGUUUACUGCCUUGAACGCACAGCAUGCGAUGAUUUGUCUGGUCAUCUAUCAAAGGCUGGCAUUUCUUGUGCUGCUUACCAUGCAGGGUUGAACAAUAAACUCCGCAGCUCUGUUUUAGAUGACUGGAUUUCUUCCAAAAUACAAGUCGUUGUAGCAACAGUGGCCAAAUUUCAGGGUAUAGAUAGAAAGGAUGUUCGGUUUGUCUGCCACUUCAAUAUUCCUAAGUCAAUGGAAGCCUUCUAUCAAGAAUCUGGAAGAGCUGGCCGUGAUCAAUUGCCUUCAAGAAGUGUUUUGUACUAUGGCUUGGAUGAUUGCAAAAGAAUGGAAUUCAUUUUGAGCAGCACUGGAGGAAAAAAGUCCCAAUCUUCAAACUCCCAGGACGGUUUGUUAAAAAAAUCUCUGGCGGACUUCAAUCAGAUGGUCGAGUACUGUGAAGGGUCUGGCUGUCGCAGGAAAAAAAUUCUUGAGAGUUUUGGAGAACAGGUUCCUGCAUCAUUUUGUGGAAAAUCAUGCGAUGCAUGCAAGCAUCCGAACCUAGUUGCUAAGUAUUUGAAGGAACUUGCCAACAUUCCUAGCAAUUGCCAGAAGAAUGGACCGUCUCCUGUUUUCAUCAGCAGAUUGUCCACUACGGCUGCAGAAGAUCAAGAAACUGAAUUCUGGAAUCGUGAUGAUGAAGCAAGCUGUUCUGAUGAAGAUAUAUCUGAUUCUGAUGAUGGCAUGGAGGUUGUGAACAGCCUAGCCAGGUCAAAGUUCUCUUCAAAGUCAAGGCUAAGUGAGAGAAUUGAAUGCCUACAGCGUGCGGAAGAGGCUUAUUAUCAGAAAAAAGACCCCAAUAAACAGACAGGCGGUCUUGGGGACAAGAAGGCUAUAUCAGAAGCCUUGAGGGAAGCAGCCAAACAACGGUUGUCAAACGCUCUAAAACAGGCCCACCAGCGGCUCGGUGAUUUGCUAAUUGAUUCCGAGGCAUCCGCCGCAGUACUUGAAAACGAAUGCUACAAGAAAUACAGUAAGGUUGGAAAGACAUUCUACAAUUCACAAGUCGCGAGCACAGUCAGAUGGCUAUCAUCAUCGAAUUCAAAACAGAUCAGUGAUCGUCUGGGCACCAAUUCUAUUCAGAAUAACGAUGAUUCUAAGCCGAACAUUGCAUCUUCUUCGUCUGUGGAAAGGACCACAGAUCAUGAUCAACUGCUUGCAGAAGCGAAUAAAGAAGAAAACCAUGGCAUUGCUCAAUCAGAAGCUUCUUUUAAAUCCAUACAGAUGGAGCUUCCCCCUCGAGAGGCAGCACCUCCUCCCAUCCCCUCGUUUUCGGAGUUUGUUACUAAGAAAGGGAAGGUGGGCCAAUCAAAUCUUUCACCGUCCGUGAGAACGCAGACGAAUACACACCUGAGGAAUGAUGCAGAGAAGAGGAGGAGACUGCAAUAAGAUGAGAAGCUUGAGUUCUUCUUGUAAGCUUUUUAUCCAUUUGAUGUUGCAAUUUUCAAACUUCAUACACAGUCAAUUAUGCUUUUACUCGUGAAAAUUUAAGCAACCGAUCAGAUAUUUAGGAUC